CCUCCAGAGAGCGACAUGUUUCCGUUUCACCGGUGUGCCAUGGGAGCAGAACACUGUUGCUGCAAGAAUGCAGCAGAAAUUCAUGCAGAAGUGAUCAAUUCCGAUGUAAGACCCAGUUUUUCACAGCAAUCUGAAGAUGACCCUGGGCCCAGCAAUGUGAAUGUGGCGAUGGAUAUUUCCUUCACUGACCAGCUGGCGCCGGUAGAGGAGGAGGAGAGUGGCCCGAGCCCGAAAUCACCGACAUCACCUUCAGCUUUUUCAGCUUUCCGUUGGAGAAAGAUGACAGAAAUGAGCCACAUGGAAAGUGACUAUGAAAUCAUGCGGGGCAUUCCUUUGCAUCGAGCACUUCAGCACUCUGAGCUUUGGACCUCCCCACAUGAAAUCCAGAGGAGGAAUCGGUCGUCCGGAGUCUGGGCUCUUUCGACCAAGGUGUCAAGUUACGACAUGUUCUUGUCGCAUACCUGGAAGACAAAAGGCAGGUGGAAAGUUCUUGCUUUGAUGAUGCAAGCAGGUUGGCCUCAUGCAUUGUUGGCUUGGGUGGUCGGGCUGACUGCCAUGCUAUUUUUGCGAGCUUUUGACGUUGUCGGUGGCGCGUGGGGCAACGGUUCGAUUUGGAUUGAUGGAACACCUGUCCCAGUGGUCUUGGGCCCAUGGAUCAUCAUUUCUGCAGGAGCUUUUCUGGUGGCUGGUCUGCUUCUCUCUCCUUUCUUGCCACUCAAGACGCAGGUGUGCUUUCUCGAUGUGGCAUGCAUUCACCAGGGGCGAGAUGACAUGUUUGAACGUGGUUUGUACACCAUUGGUGGGUGCCUUACAGCUACAAAGGAACUCCGGGUUUUGUACUCACCGGAGUACUUGUCGAGCCUUUGGUGUGUCUUCGAGCUUGUGGGAUUUCGCAAAGCACAUCCUGAAGGAAAACUUACAAUCUCACCAUUAUUUGUUGAGCGGUCUGCUGUAAUUUGUGCCUUCAUUAUGUGGUGUGCGGUGCUUGCAGCCACUGCGGGGAUUGCUCUCACGGACAGCAGCUUUCGCAAAAGGCAUGUUGUGGUGCUGUUUAUGGCAAUUUUCCUGUUGCCGGUGAUAUUUCUUGUACAUGCUCUGCGUCACAGCUACAGAGAAAAGGGGCGGCUGAUAUUCGAUUUGAAUAGUUUUGAUGUUAAUACAUUGGUUUGUCAUUCGGACUUUGAUCGGGCUUUCAUAUUGAGUGCCAUUGAUGCCUGGUACGGCAGCAGGGAAGCUUUCAAGGACUUCGUUCGAAGUGAUCUUCGCGAGGAACUCUUGAGUCUGCUGCCAUCUCCUCACCUUCCUUGUGCCUAUGCGGCCUUGAUCCUUUCCUCUCAGGUUACUUGGAUCUUGGACCUUUCCGUUUGCUCGUACAAAGCUGGUGCGGACAUUCGCAUCCUUGCCCGUAACUUCCUGGCUUAUCUGGCUUUUAUUUUGUGGUCUUGGUGCGCAUUCAAUGGCCUCUUCUACCUAAGUGAUAGAACUUCCGAAUCUGGUCGCACUCGGCUUUUGGAUUGGUUCAAGACACUUGGGGUGGCCGGGGUCAUAUUUUUAUGGGCAGUGAUCAGUUUUGCUGUUGUUGUAGGAGUCACCCGGCAGUCUGACAGCGUGGGCUUCUUUUGCUACCUUGCUUUCUCAAUGAUGCUUCCGUUUUUUAUUUUGGACACCUUCAAAGUUUGUCGACGACAUUGCCCGAAACAGGGGGCAACUCGCCUCUAAGAAAUUUCAAUUUGUUCGCUGAGGGGCUCCUUGUGGUGGUGGCUUAAGCCACAUCGUUUCAAGUUGGAUGGCAUGACCCCAAAGAAUCCUAUAGACGUAUAAACAUGUACGUUUGAAUUUAGCAUCAUAAAUCAUGAUGUGCUGUGCAAAUUCAUACGUGCACGCUGUGACCUUGACAAAAGAGUCAGGACGCAGCGGCGCGUUGGUCGCUGGCUGCGGCUCAAUUUUUUUGCGAAGCAAAAGUGCGUGACGAAACUGCUGGAGCAGAAUGCCGGCACCAAUGAUUUGCGCUACUUAGUGC